ACGGGGAGUUCAGUCAGACAGCACUGCACGUUUCUGCACAGCACAGGAGUGAAUAAUUGAAUAAAUAUAUUGAUGAGGAGGAUUCUGCGGUCACUUUUUUUGCUGGGGUGGUGGUGGUGGGGAGGAGGAGGAUAUUAACAUUAACAUUCUUCGGUCGAACGCGUUUUCUCUUCUCUUUUUCCUGGACUGCAGAAAAAAAAGUUUGCUUUGAGACCCAACACAGCUGGAGUCAGCAGAUGGAAAUGAGCUCUGUAUUCCGGAGGUCUCCCAACAUGGACCGGGAGUCACUGAGAAGGUGAAGGUUGCUGGUGUUAAAUGCUCACUGCAAGGCUUCCCAGCACACUGCGACUGCUCAUAUAACUGCUGUUGGUUCAGUGACUGUGUGAAGCGCUCGUGGGCUGUUUACCAUGGCGUCUAGUCUGACAUGUACUGGUGUUAUCUGGGCCCUGCUGUCCCUGCUGUGCGCUGCCGCCUCCUGCGUUGGUUUCUUCAUGCCCUACUGGCUGCUGGGGACACAGAUGGACAAGCCAGUGUCCUUUGGCACAUUCCGCCGCUGCUCCUACCCGGUGAGGGACGAGGAGAGGCAGGCCACGGUGAUGCUGGAGCAGUGCGGCCGCUACGCCUCCUUCAACGGCAUCCCCAGCCUGGAGUGGAGGAUCUGCACGGUGGUGACGGGCGUGGGGUGCGGCCUCCUCUUGCUGGUGGCCCUCACAGCUCUCAUGGGCUGCUGCAUCUCUGACCUCAUCUCCCGUACAAUCGGCCGCGUGGCCGGCGGAAUUCAGUUUGUUGGAGGUCUGCUCAUAGGAUCUGGCUGUGCACUCUAUCCAUUGGGAUGGGACAGUGAGGAAGUGCAGCAGACCUGCAAUAACAGCUCCAACCAGUUUCAACUAGGUUCCUGCCAGAUCGGCUGGGCGUAUUACUGCACGGGUGCAGGAGCGGCGGCUGCCAUGCUGCUGUGCACCUGGAUGUCCUGUUUCGCGGGGAAGAAGCAGAAGCAGUACCCGUACUGACUGGAGCAUCGGAGGAGAGACGGGGACAGGCAGAGAGCCCGGGAGGUACGAAGGAAGAGAGAGGACUCCGACCCUGUGGACUUGCACCAGUACAGCACAUCAGGCACCAAAGACACCAAGUCGUUAUGGUGCAUCAUGGGACACAACUCAUCUGACAACUGCAGGGACACAUGGCUUUGAAAAACUUGUUCUUCUCUUAAGAUCUGUUCUUAAAUGAAAAAUGUAUGGACCAAUCCUGUUUGUAAAAUUGUUACAUUUCUUUAAGAGUAUUCUGUUUCUUUCUUUUUUGUCUUCCCCCUUCAGUCAUUGAUGUUUAUGUGUAUAGUGUCCCCUGUGAUGAUGGAGAGAAAAGUAAUCUUUCUUCAUUGUUACGUGAAGUGUUUCUGUUUCCUCUUCUUGUCUCAUCCUUGCCUUAAACACAAACUGAAAUGCAAUAAUCCCUAUAAUGUAAAGCAAUCCAACACUGGCUGCCUGCUUCCUUGACUCAACCUUUUCAGAUCCCAAAAGUCUAAGCAUAGUUUAUUUAACACAUUCAUAAGAUGAUAUACGUCGUGUAUGAUAAUGUAUUUUAUCAUAUUAGCACAUGUUUUGUAUUCACUCUUCAAAGUAU